AUGGAUCCCAUUCCAUCCAAAGGAUCCCAUUGCAUCCCAUGGAUCCCAUCCUAACUAAAGGAUCCCAUCCUGUCCCAUCCCAUGAAUCCCAUCCCACCCCAUGGAUCCCACCCCACCCCACUCUCUCCUCAGAGGUGCCACCCUCCUGCCAUGCCCUGACCCUCAUUCCCAUUCCUGUUGUUCUGUUGUUCCCGUGUCCCAUUGUUCCCAUCGUUCCCGUUGUUCCCAUUGUUCUCAUUGUUCCUGUUGUUCCUGCUGUUCCCGUGGUCCCCACUGUUCCCGUCAUUCUUGUUGUUCUCAUCGUUCCUGUUGUUCUCAUUGUUCCCAUUGUUCACAUAGUUCCCUUUGUUCUUAUCGUUCCUGUUGUUCCGUCGUUCCCAUUGUUCUCAUUGUUCCUGUUGUUCUCAUUUCAUCAUUCCCGCCGUUCCCGUCAUUCUCAUUGUUCCUGUUGUUCUCAUUCCAUCAUUCCUGCUGUUCCUGUUGUUCUCAUAAUUCCUGUUGUUCUCACUGUUCCAUCAUUCCCAUUGUUCUCAUUGUUCCUGUUGUUCUCAUUGUUCCUGUUAUUUCGUCGUUCCCAUUGUUCUCAUAGUUCCUGUUGUUCUCAUAGUUCCUGUUGUUCCGUUGUUCCCACUGUUCUCAUCGUUCCUGUUGUUCUCGUCCCACCAUUCCCACCGUUCCCGUUGUUCUCAUCAUUCCUAUUGUUCCCUUCCCACCGUUCCCGUUGUUCUCAUCGUCCCCGUUGUUCUCAUCGUUCCCGUUGUUCCCUUCUCGCCAUUCCCAUUGUUCUCAUCGUUCCCAUUGUUCCCUUCCCGCUGUUCCCACUGUUCUCAUCAUUCCUGUUGUUCUCGUCCCACCAUUCCUGCCGUUCCCGUUGUUCUCAUCGUUCCCAUUGUUCCAUCAUUCCCGUUGUUCUCAUGGUUCCCGUUGUUCCCUUCCCGCCGUUCCCGUUCCGGCAGCGGGGCGCCAAGGCGGCGGGCAGCCCUGCGGACAAUUACCAGCUGGCGCGGCGCCGCACGCUGCAGGUGGUGGUCAGCUCGCUGCUGACCGAGGCCGGCUUUGAGAGCGCCGAGAAGGCGGCGGUGGAGACGCUCACCGAGAUGAUCCAGAGCUAUAUUUCGGAAAUUGGGAGGAGUGCCAAGUCCUACUGCGAGCACACAGCCAGGACCCAGCCCACACUCUCAGACAUCGUGGUGACCCUGGUGGAAAUGGGCUUCAACGUGGAAACUCUUCCCGCCUACGCCAAGCGUUCCCAGAGGAUGGUGAUCACUGCCCCUCCAGUGACAAACCAGCCCGUGACCCCCAAAGCCCUGACAGCUGGGCAGAACAAGCCUCAUCCACCCCACAUUCCCGGCCAUUUCCCAGAGUUCCCAGAUCCUCACACCUACAUCAAGACACCAACCUACCGGGAGCCCGUGUCCGACUACCAGGUGCUGCGGGAGAAGGCGGCUUCCCAGCGCAGGGACGUGGAGAGGGCCCUCACCCGCUUCAUGGCCAAGACAGGAGAGACCCAGAGCCUCUUCAAGGAUGAUGUCAGCACAUUCCCACUGAUUGCUGCCAGGCCUUUCACUGUGCCCUACCUGACAGCCCUGCUCCCCUCCGAGCUGGAGAUGCAGCAGAUGGAGGAGACGGAUUCCUCGGAGCAGGACGAGCAGACGGACACCGAGAACCUCCCGCUGCACAUGAGCACGGAUGAUGCAGGGCCUGAGAAGGAGAACAGCUCGGUGCUGCAGCAGAGCAGCUCCCUGGCAGGCAGCAGGAACGGGGAGGAGAACGUCAUCGACAACCCCUACCUGCGGCCCGUGAAGAAACCCAAAAUCCGCAGGAAGAAGUGACAGGGGGGACCCGAAAUUCCUUUGGGAUUUCCCACGGGGGUCAGGAGAGGCGGAACGGCUGAGGAAGGAGGAGGUGAACUCUGCGUGGAGAGCUCCACUCCCACCCUGCUUCCCCUCGGCUCACGGCAGGAAAAGCACCCGGGAAUUGGCCGGGGGAAUUUUGGGUUCUGCUCUGGGGGGGAUUGUGUUCUGAAGGGCUGAGGGACGCGGGGAUGGGAGAGACAUGGGGAUGGGAGAGACACGGAGACAUGGAGAUGGGAGAGACAUGGAGACAUGGAGAUGGGAGAGACACGGGGAUGGG